AUGGUCGGCUCCUAUUCGAAAAAACGCAAGGUCCAAGAUGGCAUGAAGGGCAAGACUUCUCGCCCCAAAAAGUUCCGCAAGCAAGCCGCAUACCACAGCAGCUCCGAGGACGAGCAGGACGACGACGAUAACUUCACGGCUGUCAACCUCGCCGAUUCAGACGAAGAAGAGGGUGGCGGUGUCUCUGUCACAAAAUCCAAGGCUCCUAAGCCCGAAUCAAAGAAAUUGAAGCCUGAGACAACACCUGCGUCGAAACCUAAGACCGUCGCGAAGAAACAAUCCCGUGACGACAGUGAGGACGAAGAAGAAGAACAUGACGACAACGACGACAAUGAGAACGAUGACGAUGAGGAGAAUGACGCUUCUGGAUCUGACGAUGACGAGGUUCUAUCAGAUGCCUCUGCCUCAGAAGCCGGUACAAAGCGUCGCGCUGUGUCCAAGCGUAACGACCCUACCGCUUUCUCUACCUCUAUCUCCAAGAUUUUGGCCACCAAGCUUACAUCUGCUGCUCGUGCUGAUCCCGUCAUGUCCCGAAGCAGAGCUGCAUCUGAUAAAGUCAACGAGGUCGCAAACGAGAAACUUGACAAUGCCGCGCGAGCUAAGAUGCGCGCUGAAAAGAAGGAAGAGCUGGAUCGUGGCCGUGUCCGCGAUGUAAUGGGAAUUGAAAGGGGACUUGCGGGACCUGUCGCUGAAGAUGAGAAGCGAUUGCGCAAGAUGGCACAGCGCGGUGUGGUCAAGCUGUUCAACGCUGUCCGCGCCGCACAAGUCCGGGGAGAAGAAGCAGUUAAGGGUGAACGCACGAAGGGAACCGUUGGUCUGGGAGAGCGAGAGAAGGCCGUCAAUGAGGUCAGCAAGCAAGGUUUCCUUGAGCUUAUCAACGGCAAAAAGGGUAAGCCGUUGAACAUUGAGGAGGCUUAA